CGGGGUGGCGCGCCGGCCUCGGGCCGAGAAGUAGUAGUUCGAAGAGAAAGAGAGAGAGAGCGCGCGGGCCGGGCCGGGCCGGGCCGGGCCGGGCGGAGGUCCUUGGCUGUAGUAGAGGAAGAGGAGGUGGAGGAGGAGGAAGAAGAAGACGACGAUCCGGGUCCCGGGAGGGCCAGCGCCGGCCGCCACCAUGCAGGAGCUCAUCGCGAGCGUGGACCACAUCAAGUUCGACCUGGAGAUCGCGGUGGAGCAGCAACUUGGGGCGCAGCCGCUGCCCUUCCCCGGCAUGGACAAAUCGGGGGCUGCUGUCUGUGAAUUUUUUUUGAAAGCUGCCUGUGGAAAAGGGGGGAUGUGCCCGUUCCGUCAUAUUAGUGGCGAGAAGACUGUUGUGUGCAAACACUGGCUUCGAGGACUGUGCAAGAAGGGAGACCAAUGCGAAUUCCUGCAUGAGUAUGAUAUGACCAAGAUGCCUGAGUGUUACUUCUACUCCAAAUUCGGGGAAUGCAGUAACAAAGAAUGUCCCUUUCUUCACAUUGAUCCGGAAUCCAAGAUCAAAGAUUGCCCUUGGUAUGACCGAGGUUUCUGCAAACAUGGUCCUCUCUGCAGGCACAGGCACACCAGGAGAGUCAUUUGUGUGAAUUACCUUGUUGGAUUCUGUCCAGAAGGGCCUUCCUGUAAAUUCAUGCACCCUCGAUUUGAAUUGCCCAUGGGGACCACAGAACAGCCACCUCUGCCUCAACAGACACAGCCUCAGGCAAAGCAAAAUAACAAUCCACCAUUACAAAGGUCGUCCUCCUUGAUCCAGUUAACGAGUCAGAACUCUUCUCCCAAUCAGCAGAGAACCCCGCAAGUCAUUGGGGUCAUGCAGUCUCAAAACAACAACGUGGGGAACAGGGGACCCCGGCCGUUGGAGCAGGUCACCUGUUACAAGUGUGGCGAAAAAGGACAUUAUGCCAACAGAUGCACCAAAGGACACUUGGCUUUUCUCAGUGGACAAUGAUGUGUGCGCGCCAAAGACAGUUCAAACAUCAGUCGCCUGAGGAGCCAUUUUCUUUCCCUGUAGCUGUUGUGCUGGGGAGAGCUCAUCCCACCACCAUCCUUUGGAUCUGUGACUUAAUUGUUUAAUGCCAAUGUUGACAAAAUUAGGAUUAGAGGCUGACUGAAGGGUUUUUCUUUUCGAAAAUAAAUUUUGAGGGUUAGGGGUUGCUAGUUUCCCUAUAUUUUGUUUUCUUUUUUAAAAGAAAUAUGCUAUUGGAUGCCUCUGAGGGUGAUGCUCUCAGCUGAUAUCACAUGCCUGUCAUUCAACCCAACAAGCCCAUUUGUUAAAGGCUUGGUUGUUAGUAAUGUAUUUGAAAGACAAGUGGCCUUCUGUGGUCUCUGACCUGAAUAAUGACCUGAGUGACCUGAUUAAAGUAGGGUCUCUUAUGUCACUCAAAACCUGGCUUUCUGCUGAAUUCAUGAUGCAGUAGUCAGCCCCAAUAGGAAACUUGAUUUUUGCUUCAUGCUGGUCCAAGCAACAAGAAGUAAACAGCAGUUCAAAGGAAGGAUAGUUUUGAGUCAGGUGCUUAUUUUAGAUUAGAGUAUAUUUCUGCUUGGGAUGUCAGUUUAUUUUGACAACACUGAGUACAACUUCACAGGACUCACAUGAGAGCCACAGGUUAUCUGUUUUAAUUGAUGACCCAGUUGGCAAGAAAGUAUCGUAUGUCACCUUAUGUAUGUUAUGUUUAAUGUUGUAUUACGCCUGUUUAUUGCUUAGGUGCUGUUGAAAUGUGAAGGAAACCACCAUGUAAUUGAAUAUGCUGUUGAAACUCUGUGAAACUAUCAAAUACAAUUUUCAGGGAAAAUGGGCCUAUGAAAGUUUAAUUGCAACAAUUUUUAUGAUUUUGAUUAAAAACUUUUAAAAAGA